AAUGGCUGUAAUGUGAAGACUUAACGUCUAAACAGAUCUUAUGUCGAACUCAAACACGUCAAAGUUGUUCGCUUCUGUCCAGAGAGCAACGAGCACGGUGGAAACUAUAAAGGACAAACUCAUGUCGCAUACCGACCGCGAUAGGCAAAAGUUCACUUAAAUGAUGACCAAAGAGCCGUCCAUUAGUUUGGAAUUUCGGGUUAAAUAAAAAAGACUCUGCAAAAGACUUUUGUAUCAACUCUGAUACUUUACCAACUGCAAACCCACAGCGCCAAUCCGAAAGCUAGUUUCAGUGAUUAGUGUUAUUACUUUGACAAAAUACUUAAUACAACCAAAAAUAGUAUGCAUACUGAGCAGUGUUCGUUUCAUUAUCUCAUCUGGGCUGACCCGUGUGGGGCCUUAAUGGAAAUUGAGGACAAAACUGGCUGGGCCCCAGUUAGCCCAGGUAACACCCAUCUGGGCCCCACAUAAGCUUGUACAUCUUCAAGCAUGUGUAAUUUCAGAAAUGAAAGCAUUAUAAAACUGACUGCUAUUCUUUGUGGAGCAUAAAUUAGGCUACUGUAAUUUAUUUUGUACUUUGAAAUGAGAUGGUUUCUUUUAUGAAAAGGGGCAGCCUUAAUGCAGCCGACAGAUGUGACAUCUGGAGGAUGUAGCCUUCAAAAUCAGAGUUUAAAGACGUGGCAUGACUCGACGUGACUCUUCCAGCCUGAAAUCAUGUUUCUCAUCUAGAAAGAAGAGAAGCAGAAGAACAGCGUGUAAAAUGAGUGUGUAUGAGGAGAGAGAGCAGGAGAAUCCUGUUGACACUCAGAGAGCAGCAUCUCCAGGAUUCAGUUAUGUGUCUAUGAAGAGCAACAACUCCAUGUUUCAGCCCCCUCAUCUCAGUGAUGUUGACGCUAAGAGAGCAGCAUCUCCAGGGUUCAGCUAUGUGUCUGUGAAGAGCAACAACUCCAUGUUUCAGCCCCAUCAUCUCAGUGAUGUUGACGCUCAGAGAGCAGCAUCUCCAGGAUUCAGCUCUGUGUCUGUGAAGAGCAACAACUCCAUGUUUCAGCCCCCUCAUCUCAGUGAUGUUGACGCUCAGAGAGCAGCAUCUCCAGGGUUCAGCUCUGUGUCUGUGAAGAGCAACAACUCCAUGUUUCAGCCCCCUCAUCUCAGUGAUGUUGACGCUCAGAGAGCAGCAUCUCCAGGGUUCAGCGGUGUCUCUAUGAAGAGUAACAACUCCAUGUUUCAGCCCCCUCAUCUCUGUGAUGUUGACGCUCAGAGAGCAGCAUCUCCAGGGUUCAGCGGUGUCUCUAUGAAGAGUAACAACUCCAUGUUUCAGCCCCCUCAUCUCUGUGAUGUUGACGCUCAGAGAGCAGCAUCUCCAGGGUUCAGCGGUGUCUCUAUGAAGAGUAACAACUCCAUGUUUUUCAGCCCCCUCAUCUCUGUGAUGUUGACGCUCAGAGAGCAGCAUCUCCAGGAUUCAGCUGUGUGUCUAUAAAGAGUAACAACUCCAUAAUUCAGCCCCCUAAUCUCAGUGAUGUUGACGCUCAGAGAGCAGCAUCUCCAGGAUUCAGCUGUGUGUCUAUGAAGAGUAACAACUCCAUGAUUCAGCCCCCUGGUCUCAGUGAUGUUGACGCUCAGAGAGCAGCAUCUCCAGGAUUCAGCGGUGUGUCUCUGAAGAGUAACAACUCCAUGUUUCAGCCCCCUCAUCUCUGUGAUGGACCUACUGUGACCUCUGACCCUGUCAGGAAGAGAAAGAGAGCAGCUUCUCCACUGCAGCCCCUUGAUCUCAGUGAUGGAUCAGUGGCCUUUGACCCUGUUGGCUGGAGAGCUGAUCAGAUCAGAUAUGUGUCCUGUCAGAGCUUCACAUCCUCCUACAGUCAGAACCACUUUAGUCAUCAUGACACAGAAGCAGAUCUGCAGCUCGAUUCUCACCAAACAGUGCAUUAUGAUCUUCAGAGAGUCAAAGACCAGCACAAAACCAGCAUGAAGAACAGGUAUGAGAGCUUAUUUGAGGGAAUCAAACUACAAGAGAAUCAAACCCUCCUGAACAGGAUUUACACACAGCUGUACAUCAUAGAGGGAGAGAGUGAAGGACUGAAUGAAGAACAUGAGGUGCUACAGAUGGAGAAAAGUUACAGGACACUCCAAGACACUCCAAUCAACUGCAAUGACAUCUUUAAUCCUUCACCUGAACUAGGAUAUGAAGAGAAGAGAAGAGAGAAGAACGACAAAAUAAAGACUGUUCUUACUAAAGGCAUCGCUGGAAUUGGAAAAACCGUCUCUGUGCAGAAGUUCAUUCUGGACUGGGCCGAGGGAAGAGCCAAUCAGGAUGUAGAUUUCAUGUUUGUGCUUCCAUUUCGAGAGCUGAACUUGAUUAAAGAUCAUCAUUACAGUCUUCACAGACUUCUGCUUGACUUUCAUUCUGAACUUCAAUAUCUGGACUCAAAGAUUUAUGAUAAAUGUAAAGUUGUGUUCAUCUUUGAUGGUCUGGAUGAAAACAGAAUUUCUCUGAUGUUUUCAGACUGUCAGAAAGUUUCUGAUGUGACUGAGGUUUCAUCAGUGAGUCUAUUAUUGACGAACCUCAUGAAAGGAGAUCUGCUUCCCUCGGCUCUCAUCUGGAUCACCACCAGACCAGCAGCAGCCAAUCAGAUCCCCUCCAACUACAUCAACCGUGUGACAGAAAUUCAGGGAUUCAAUGACCCUCAGAAGGAGGAAUAUUUCAGGAAGAGAAUCAGUGAGGAGCAUCAAGCCAGCAGAAUCAUCUCACACAUCAGAAGAGCAAGAAGCCUCCACAUCAUGUGCCACAUACCCGUCUUCUGCUGGAUCUCAGCCACUGUGCUUCAAAACAUCCUGAAACAAGAUCGCAGUGCAGAAAUCCCUCAAACUCUGACUGAGAUGUACAUCUACUUCCUGCUCAUUCAAACAAAUAUGAGGAACCAGAAGUAUGAAGAGAGAGAUGCAGAGAAACCCUUGCGGUCCAACAGAGAAGUGAUUGUGAAACUGGCUGAACUGGCUUUCAAUCAGCUGAUGAAGGGCAAUGUGAUGUUUUAUGAAGAGGACCUGAGAGAGAGCGGCAUAGACAUCACUGACGCCUCGGUGUAUUCUGGGAUUUGCACUGAGAUCUUUAGGGAGGAAUCUGUGAUUUAUCACAGGAAGGUUUACAGCUUUAUACAUCUGAGCUUUCAGGAGUUUUUUGCAGCACUGUAUGUGUUUUACUGUUAUUUACGCAAGAACAGUGAGGUUCUGAAAAUGUUCCCGACAGGAAAGUCCAGAACUCAGUGUGAGAAUGUUCCUCUGGAUGUGUUUCUGAAGGGAGUAAUGAAUGAAGCCUUAAACAGUAAAACUGGACACCUGGAUCUUUUCCUUCGGUUUCUUCAUGGUGUCUCACUGGAGUCCAAUCAGAGACUCUUACAGGAUGUGCUGAUACACACAGAGAACAACCCAGAGAGCAUCAAGAAAAUAAUACAAAACCUCAGAAGAGGUCAAAAAAACAAUAUCAGUCCUGAAAGAUGGAUGAAUCUGUCACACUGCUUGAUUGAGAUGAAGAAUAAUUCUGUUGUUGAAGAAAUGCAGGCGUUUUUAAAAUCUGACACGAAAGAAAAAAAACUUUCUCUUGCACAAUGCUCAACUUUGGCAAACAUGAUCCUGAUGUCAGAGGAGGUGCUGGAUGAGUUAGACUUUAAUAAGUACAACAUCAAAUCAAAAGAGGGCAGAAGAAGACUGGUACCUGCUGUGAGGAACUGCAGAAAAGCUGUAUUGACAGACUGUUCUCUCACUGAUCAGCACUGUGAAAUUGUGGCUUCCGCUCUACAAUCAUCAAACUCCCCUCUGAGAGAGCUGGACCUGAGUAACAAUCCUCUGCAGGAUUCAGGAGGGAAGCUGCUCUCUAUUGGUCUGAAGAGUCCAAACUGUCAACUCAACGUACUGAGAUUAUCCGGCUGUUUGGUGAAAGAGGAAGGUUGUGCUGCUCUGACAUCAGCUCUGAGUUCAAACCUUUCACAUCUGAGAGAGCUGGACCUGAGUAACAAUCAUCUGCAGGAUUCAGGUGUGAAGCUGCUCUCUGUUGGACUGAAGAGUCCAGACUGUCAACUCAACAUACUGAGAUUAUCCGGCUGUUUGGUGAAAGAGGAAGGUUGUGCUGCUCUGACAUCAGCUCUGAGUUCAAACCUUUCACACCUGAGAGAGCUGGACCUGAGUAACAAUCAUCUGCAGGAUUCAGGUGUGAAGCUGCUCUUUGUUGGACUGAAGAGUCCAGACUGUCAACUCAACAUACUGAGAUUAUCUGGCUGUAUGGUGAAAGAGGAAGGUUGUACUGCUCUGACAUCAGCUCUGAGUUCAAACCUUUCACAUCUGAGAGAGCUGGACCUGAGUAACAAUGACCUGCAGGAUUCAGGAGUGAAGCUGCUCUCCACUGGACUAAGGAGACCAAAUCAACUCAACAUACUAAGGUUUGUGGUUGUAGUGUGUGUCUGACUAUAUGCAUUCUUUCAUAAUGAAAUAAUUAUACAUACAUAAUUUCAUAAUUAUCCAAAUGGACAACAAUAAGAACUACACAAUCAUUUACUAUUGGAUCCAAGUGCGCCCUUUGUCUGAUUGUAGCUAUUGUCCCUUGUCUUGUUCUCCACUGAAAGGGGGAGUCCUUCAGCUACCCCUGUACUAGUGGCGACCCAUGUUGUACCCCCAGCUCCACACUUGUUGUAUUUUUCCCCGAAUCAAACACACCUGAUUCAGUUCAUCAGCUUGUUGGUAGAGACUUCAGGACCUCAAAUGGUUGUGUCAGAUUAGAAACACAUUAAAAAUAUUUAUUGUUAGGGUAUUACAGGAUCAGGGUUUUAGGGGACCACUGCUUUAGGAUAAGGAUAUGUUCCCACUAGCUCUUGUCACUUGCACUCUCCCACAUUUUCUAAUGAUUACAAAUAAACACAUUCUGCACAAACAAAUUACAGUGCCUUUUUUAGGAUAUUACAUUUUUUAUUAGCAGAGAUGUAAAAAGUACUCAAGUGAAAGUAUGCUGAAAACGUUACUUUGUGUCUGGCCAAAAACAUACUGGAGCAAAAAUAAAGAGUACAAGAGUCCAGCAUUAAAAAAGUAGAAGUAACCUAGCAAAAAAAAAAAAAAAAAAAAGUCUA